AUAGAACUCAUCCCCGACUUAUACAAGCCAACGCUUUAGUGCUUCACUUUUAAUUUGCACUCCACAGUUUUUCUUUGAUUCUCCAAUGGCAGACGAUACCAUUAGAACUGCAUUUAUGGAGAUUCAGAAUCGCAUGAUUGAAACCACAGCCAAACUCAAGCAGGUUCAAAAUCAGAUGAGAGCUAAAGAAGGAGAAAAGAAGAGAGCUUUCUUGACAUUGGAGGAGCUAAAUCAACUCCCUGAUGGUACUAACACUUACAAAUCUAUAGGGAGAACGUUCGUCUUGGAGCCAACAUCAGUUCUAAUAACCGAACAAGAACAGAAGCUUAAGGACAGCGAGACUGCAAUUUCUUCACUUCAGACCUCAAAGGAAUACUUGGAAAAGCAAAUAGCUGAAGUGGAGAACAACCUGAGGGAGCUUUUGCAGCAAGAUCCAGGUCUGGCUCGUCAGAUAAUGUCCAUGAGUGUAAUGUAGGUUUUUUAUUUUUGAUAAUUUGAUCAAUUUUUACAAUAUCAAUGGACUUGUAGUUGCUUUUCUGCUUUAUUUCAAACUUCAACUUGUUUAGUUUAACAUGUUCUUCCUUUCAACUCUUUUUGUUGGUGUCAAGUGGAUUAUUAAUAAAUUACUUUUUUGAAUGUA